UUUCCCCCCACCUUUUUUCUUUUCCUUCUCUUACUCACAAUCGCUCAUCUGUCUCUCAGUCGUGCUUAACGGCGUAGGGCAAUGGAGGCGGCAGCGUGCAGCGGCGUCCAGCAGCGGCAACAUCUCUCUCAGUCGCUCAUCUCUCUCUCUCUCAGAGCAGCGUCUUUUUUUCUUUCUCACGCGCUCACUCAGUAUCAAUCGCCUCUCUCUCACUCACUCAGCGGCGUAGAGCAUUGAGAUGGCGUAGAGCGCCUGCGAGUAGGGGCAGUGGCAGCAGCGUCCCACUCCAUCGUCAUCAUCUCCAAGUCCUACUGCCCGUUUAUCCGUGGGCCUUUUCUUUUGACCCUGAUAAGUGGAAUGAUAUUAGCCAGUCGGACAUAAUAAGUGCAAUGAGAGAGGUAUUGAACUAUGUGCCUUUAAAGGAAGACUGUAAAAUGCAGCUUACCUUGGAGUUGACUCGUCUGAAAUGUUAUCAUAUUCUUGAUAAUUUGACUUUAGAGGCUGUGAAGGACAUCAAGAUUCAAGAGUUACAUAGAUUUGUUGAUGGCGUAUCAUCUGAUGAGUCAAAAGCUGAGGAUGCAACAGCCAUGCUCUAUGAUUUUGCUAAUGGCAUAGUCGACGGGCUCCAUGUCUUGUCUGGAUUGAAAGGAGACGCGAUUCGAGAUUUGAUAUGGACAUGUUUGGUAAUUUGGAGGACAGAUGUUAGCUCAUUUUGUGUUUUUGUUCAUAUUACCUUACAUGUAUUUUGGUUGCGUUGUAAAUUUUAUAUUUUUAUUGGUAUUACAGGGCAUGUUGGGUAAUCUGCCCUUGAUAUUUUAUUUUUGUUAAUAUUAGUAGGCAUGUUUUGUUGUUGGAUAUUAGGAGAUGUGUUUGGUAAUCCGCAUGCGGUUAAUAUGAUAUUUUUGUGGAUAUUAGUAGAUGUUUGUAGAUAUUAGGAGACAUGUUUAUAAUCCGCAUGUAGUUCAUAUUGUAUU